AUGUCCGCUCUCGCCCAAAGGUUGUCGCGCUCCUGCUCGCGCCACCUCUCCCCCGCCUCCCUCCGUUACUUCUCCUCCCCGCCUGCUCCCCGCCCGUCCACCUCUCGGUUGGCCCCAACACUCCCUCGCCACCGCGCUUUUCACGCCUCAUCAGUCUCCGCUCAUGGCGCAGUAGACCGUCCACAGCCCGGUACCGGCAUAAAAGUACACUUCAAGGACUCCAAAGGCAACCUCCUCAAGACCGUCGAGGCGAACGAGGGCGACGAUCUGCUCAGCGUCGCCCAUGAGUACGACAUCGACCUAGAAGGCGCGUGUGAGGGCUCCGUCGCCUGCUCAACAUGCCAUGUCAUCCUCGACCCCGACACGUUCGACCUCCUCCCGGAGCCCGAGGACGAUGAGAACGACAUGCUGGACAUGGCCUUUGGCCUCACCGAUACCUCCCGGCUCGGCUGUCAGGUCCACCUCACGCGCGCCAUGGACGGCAUGACCGCCACCCUGCCCUCCGCGACCCGCAAUAUGUUCGUAGACGGGAAGAAGCCGACGCAUCACUAG